UUAAGUCGAACAAAAUAGAUUUUUAUCUCUUGCGGGACAGCAAAGAAAUCAUCAUUUUGCCUAUAAGCCAUAACUAAAAAAAAAAAAACUUUUUUCUUCCUUUUUGAAGAAAGAAAGGAAGAACUUUUUUCUUUGACAAACCUUUUUCUUUUCUCUUCACAUCUUGUCAUUUCUCUUCCUUUUUGAAGUCCAAAUAUAUGUUAUCUUUAAAAUAUCACAUUAACAAAUUACUUCAGUAUUCCAUGAAUACUUUGUAGUGCUUGAGUUAGGUUUCUCGUGAUUAAUAUGGGUAAUUAUAUUUAUACAGUAAUUUUUUAAUAAAUAAAAAAAUUAUGCCAAACAAAACAAAACUAACAAAAAAUGGUAGAGUAUCACAUCUAUAAAUAAUAAUUAGGCUUAGUUUUAGUAUUUUUGGACAUUUUACGUACUUUUGGACAUUUUAAUUAUUUUAUUUUCAUUUUGGGUAAUUUAUUAGAUUGGUAAAGUGUUGAGAUUGAAUCUUAAUUAAAUACUCCAAGAAAAGAAGAGUAACUUAGAAGAAGCUACAAAGGAAUGAAAGAGGAAGAAGAAGAUGAAGAAGUAACCAACUAGAAGUUACAACAAGGAGAAUAAGAGUAAAGCUAGUCUACUUAGUUUAGUUGAGCCAACAAAUAUGUGAAGUGUUGUUUAAUGUCUAGCUAGUCUAGAGUUGCGGUUUGAGUUGGUAAGAGAUAUAGAUACAAACUAUUUAACAUUUUUUAAAACAAUUUUAGCUCUCUCUUCCCUCGUAACUUACAUAAAUAUAAUAACGAUUUGACGGCUCACCACCUCCAAGAACUAAAUUGUUUGUCAUGAUUUUUAAUUUAUUUACUUAAAAAGUAUAAGACGUGUGUGUAACUCAUUUUAAUAAUCAUGAUAAACCAAUAAAUUAAAGAUGAGUGAACAGAUAAGAGAAAGUUAAUAAUCUCGGUCUGCUCGAUAGAACAAUACAUAUAACAUAAAUUUGGAUGGAAAAUAAAUAAUAUAUAACAUGAAUUUCUUCUCGCAGUUCUAUUGUUUCUAAUCCCUAUCUAAACACGAGCGCUCCUUUAAACAUUUCUCCAGUUCCAGUACCAAAAAUGAAGAUGGAUUCGGAACUGGUAACGAAAAUCUAUAAAUAAAAUAAUAUAUUACAUAUAAUUUUGAAUAUCAGAAUACCUAAACUUAACAUAUAAAUUAGUUUGGUUUAAAUAUUUGGAUCGAGAAUCAAUAGUUAUUUUAAGUAUUGCAACAGUGAACGUGGGAAGAAAGCAGUGUGAGAAGCUGUUUCUGUAUGUAAUGAAGAAAAGAAAAGCCUGCAGUAGAAGAACCAAAGGCAAAUGAGAAAGAAGAGUAGUCUCGAAGCAAUUAUGGCAACUAUCAGAGAGACAUGGAAGAGGAGGAGAUAAACCACAACUGAACAACGAAGCCAACUAAAGCCCAAAUCAAUGAUGAAGCUGAAGAACCAGAGAUGUUCAGAACUUACCCGUAAGGCUCGGCCACAGAAGAACAAAUCUAAAACAAAGCUAAGCUAAGUAAUCGAUAUCACAAUCAGUCAUUGUUAUCUGCCAAAUCCAACUACAAGUAUACAAACCUAAAACAAACUUCGGUUUCGUCAAAUCCAACUUCUUCAAACAAAGUUGAGGGCGUACUGAUUAAAAACUGAGGGUUUAGGGUUAUAAAUUUUAAACAAAUACCUAUGUAUGUCAAAUUGUCAAUGGCCGUCUCUUGAGAAGUGGGAGUGGUUGAAGGAAGCGUAUCCGUGCUCGUGUUUGUGUCUGAGGAGCUCUUGCUCGUGUUUGUGUCCGAGGAGCUCUUAUGUUUACGCACCACUUUACGCACCACCACCUUGUUUAUGAUUUUAUGCACAGCCAGAUAAGCACCGAGAAAGAUAACAAGAAUCAGAGAAAUCAUUAAAGUAACAUCCAUUUUUGAGAGAGCAGUUUCAGGAAGAUGUAGGGUUUUCUGUUUUCUAGCGAAGAAGAAAGAAGAAAGAAGAAAGAAAAAAGAGAUUGUUUAAGAGAAAGAUAUAUAUUCUUUGAUAGAUUCUUUUGUUUAAAAUUUUAAGUCGAACAAAAUAAAUUUUUAUCUCUUGCGGGACAGCAAAGAAAUUAUCAUUUUGCCUAUAAGCCAUAACCCAAAAAAAAAAAACGUUUUUUUUCCUUUUUUGAAAAAAAGAAAGGAAGAACCUUUUUCUUUGACAAACCUUUUUCUUUUCUCUUCACAUCUUGUCAUUUCUCUUCUUUUUUGAAGUUCAAAUAUAUGUUAUCUUUAAAAUAUCACAUUAACAAAUUACUUCAGUAUUCCAUGAAUACUUUGUAGUGCUUGAGUUAGGUUUCUCGUGAUUAAUAUGGGUAAUUAUAUUUAUACAGUCUAAUUUUUUAAUAAAUAAAAAAAUUAUGCCAAACAAAACAAAACUAACAAAAAAUGGUAGAGUAUCACAUCUAUAAAUAAUAAUUAGGCUUAAUUUUAGUAUUUUUGGACAUUUUACGUACUUUUGGACAUUUUUAUUAUUUUAUUUUUAUUUUGGGUAAUUUAUUAGAUUGAUAAAGUGUUGAGAUUGAAUCUUAAUUAAGUACUCCAAGAAAAGAAGAAUAAAGAAGAGUAACUUAGAAGAAGCUACAAAGGAAUGAAAGAGGAAGAAGAAGUAAACCAACUAGAAGUUACAACAAGGAGAAUAAGAGUAAAGCUAGUCUACUUAGUUUAGUUGAGCCAACAAAUAUGUGAAGUGUUGGUUAAUGUCUAGCUAGUCUAGAGUUGCUGUUUGAGUUGGUAAGAUAUAUAGAUACAAACUAUUUAACAUUUUUUAAAACAAUUUUAGCUCUCUCUUCCCUCGUAACUUACAUAAAUAUAAUAACGAUUUGACGGCUCACCACCUCCAAGAACUAAAUUGUUUCUCACGAUUUUUAAUUUAUUUACUCAAAAAGUUUAAGACGUGUGUAUAACUCAUUUUAAUAAUCAUGACAAACCAAUAAAUUAAAGAUGAGUGAACAGAUAAGAGAAAGUUAAUAAUCUCGGUCUGCUCGAUAGAACAAUACAUAUAACAUAAAUUUGGAUGGAAAAUAGAUAAUAUAUAACAUGAAUUUCUUCUCGCAGUUCUAUUGUUUCUAAUCCCUAACUAAACACGAGCGCUCCUUUAAACACUUCUCCAGUUCCAGUACCAAAAAUGGAGAUGGACUCGGAACUGGUAACGAAAAUCUAUAAAUAAAAUAAUAUAUUACAUAUAAUUUUGAAUAUCAGAAUACCUAAACUUAGCAUAUAAAUUGGUUUGGUUUAAAUAUUUGGAUCGAGAAUCAAUAAUAUUAUUUUAAGUAUUGCAACAGUGAACAUGGGAAGAAAGCAGUGUGAGAAGCUGUUUCUGUAUGUAAUGAAGAAAAGAAAAGCCUGCAGUAGAAGAACCUAAGGCAAAUGAGAAAGAAGAGUAGUCUCGAAGAAAUUAUGGCAACUAUCAGAGAGAUAUGGAGGAGGAGGAAAUAAACCACAACUGAACAACGAAGCCAAUUAAGGCCCAAAUCCAUGAUGAAGCUGAAGAACCAGAGAUGUUCAGAACUUACCCGUAAGGCUCGGCCACAGAAGAACAAAUAUAAAACAAAGCUAAGCUAAGUAAUCAAUAUCACAAUCAGUCAUUGUUAUCUGCCAAAUCCAACUACAAGUAUACAAACCUAAAACAAACUUCGGUUUCGUCAAAUACAACUUCUUCAAACAAAGUUGAGGGCGUACUGAUUAAAAACUGAGGGUUUAGGGAUAUAAAAUUUUAAACAAAUACCUAUGUAUGUCAAAUUGUCAAUGGCAGUCUCUUGAGAAGUGGGAGUGGUUGAAGGAAGCGUAUCCGUGCUCGUGUUUGUGUCUGAGGAGCUCUUGCUCGUGUUUGUGUCCGAGGAGCUCUUGCUCGUGUUUGUGUCCGAGGAGCUCUUGUGUUUACGCACCACUUUACGCACCACCUUGUUUAUGAUUUUAUGCACAGCCAGAUAAGCACCGAGAACGAUAACAAGAAUCAUAGAAAUCAUCAAAGUAACAUCCAUUUUUGAGAGAGAGCAGUUUGAGGGAGAUGUAGGGUUUUCUGUUUUCUAGCGAAGAAGAAAGAAGAAAGAAGAAAGAGAUUGUUUAAAAGAAAGAUAUAUAUUCUUUGAUAGAUUCUUUUGUUUAAAAUUUUAAGUCGAACAAAAUAGAUUUUUAUCUCUUGCGGGACAGCAAAGAAAUCAUCAUUUUGCCUAUAAGCCAUAACUAAAAAAAAAAAAAACUUUUUUCUUCCUUUUUGAAGAAAAAAAGGAAGAACCUUUUUUUUGACAAACCUUUUUCUUUUCUCUUCACAUCUUGUCAUUUCUCUUCCUUUUUGAAGUCCAAAUAUAUGUUAUCUUUAAAAUACCACAUUUACAAAUUACUUCAGUAUUCCAUGAAUACUUUGUAGUGCUUGAGUUAGGUUUCUCGUGAUUAAUAUGGGUAAUUAUAUUUAUACAGUCUAAUUUUUUAAUAAAUAAAAAAAUUAUGCCAAACAAAACAAAACUAACAAAAAAUGGUAGAGUAUCACAUCUAUAAAUAAUAAUUAGGCUUAGUUUUAGUAUUUUUGGACAUUUUACGUACUUUUGGACAUUUUAAUUAUUUUAUUUUCAUUUUGGGUAAUUUAUUAGAUUGGUAAAGUGCUGAGAUUGAAUCUUAAUUAAAUACUCCAAGAAAAGAAGAGUAACUUAGAAGAAGGUACAAAGGAAUGAAAGAGGAAGAAGAAGAUGAAGAAGUAACCAACUAGAAGUUACAACAAGGAGAAUAAGAGUAAAGCUAGUCUACUUAGUUUAGUUGAGCCAACAAAUAUGUGAAGUGUUGGUUAAUGUCUAGCUAGUCUAGAGUUGCUGUUUGAGUUGGUAAGAGAUAUAGAUACAAACUAUUUAACAUUUUUUAAAACAAUUUUAGCUCUCUCUUCCCUCGUAACUUACAUAAAUAUAAUAACGAUUUGACGGCUCACCACCUCCAAAAACUAAAUUGUUUGUCAUGAUUUUUAAUUUAUUUACUUAAAAAGUUUAAGACGUGUGUAACUCAUUUUAAUAAUCAUGACAAACCAAUAAAUUAAAGAUGAGUGAACAGAUAAGAGAAAGUUAAUAAUCUCGGUCUGCUUGAUAGAACAAUACAUAUAACAUAAAUUUGGAUGGAAAAUAAAUAAUAUAUAACAUGAAUUUCUUCUCGCAGUUCUAUUGUUUCUAAUCCCUAUCUAAACACGAGCACUCCUUUUAAACACUUCUCCAGUUCCAGUACCAAAAAUGGAGAUGGAUUCGGAACUGGUAACGAAAAUUGUUGUAUUUAGCGUUCUUGUUGAAGCCUGGCCCUCCGGGAAUCUUUAGGAAAGUGCAGAGAGUUAGGACUAUCAAGGAUUCGGUGUGAGUCGGACUCAUCCAUAUUGAUCAAAGCUCUCAAAAUGAAAUCAUCGAUUAUUGGUCUCUAUGGGAUCUUAACAGAUAUCCUCUCUUUAGCCUCCUCAUUUGAAUGUGUCUCUUUUCAUUGGAUUUCUCUGAUGAAAAAUGCUGAGGCUGAUAAGCUAGCAAAGCAGGUCUUGUCUGCUGAACUGGCAUUAAUGGCUACAACUACUUUGGUUUGAUCUUUUAAUAUAAGUGUGUUUCAAAAGAAAAAAAAAAGAACAAAAGACCAUUGUUUUCAUUGUUCAGUAUGAAAAGAAAAGUAAAAAAGCAAGUGGUUACUUGUUCUACAAGGCAGCAAGAGAGGAAAGACUUUGACUAUUCAUAUCCUAAAGAGGAAGUAAGGAAUAUAUAGUCCGUCCCUCUCCUUCCCUUUACUCUUCAGUGGAGCAAUCAACUAAUCAAAACAGUGGAAUCCAUCAAAUCCUCAGGAGACAGAUCCAAACACAGGAAAUAAGUUAGUAAUGGAGCUAGAAUUGGGAUUGAAGGUCACAAGAACAAGAGAAGAUGUAUCAUCCUCAGUUGAUUUUCGCUUCUCCAAAGACCCAUUUGGUCCUCUGGUGCUUUCUCAAGAAACAGAUUCAAGAUUCAUCAUCAUCAUCCAUCUUAAAGGAUUCAAGAAGGAAGGUAUUGAGAUUGAGAUAAAUAAAGAGGGAGAUAGGAUUACAAUAAGAGGAAGGAAACCUGUUGAAGAAAUGGUUAUGAUUAGAUGGAUGGCAUGGAGGAACGAAGUUGAAAUGAGAGCCUUCAGGAAAAAAUUUCUGAUUCCAGAUGUUGUUGAUUUAGACAAGAUUAAAGCUAGGUUUGACGAUGAUGAUGCCACUCUUACGAUCACAAUGCCUAAAAGAGUAAAAGGAAUCUCUGGAUUUAACCUUGAGCAAGCGGAGGAGGAAGUUGAAGAAGAGAGUGUGGGCUUUGGAGAUGUGAGUGAAGUUGAGAAUAGAGAAGAAGUUGAAGAGGAGACUGAAGAAAGAGAAGAGUCUGAUGAACACUCUGAGAUUCAAGGAGAAGAAGGGUUUGGUGAGAUGGUGGAAGAUAAAGAAAGAGAGAGUCAAGUUAAUGAAGGUGAAGAGGAGGGUUUCAGUGGAGGUGUGGAUGAAACUCAAAUUGAAGAUGAUGACGUAGAAGAGAUUCAACAGAUUGGUCAACAAGAGUUGGCCGAUUCAGACACAGAGAGUGAGGAUAAUGUCUUAAAACAGCUUCCAGACAUUAAGGAGCAAGAAGAUAACCAAGAAGUAAUGGAGAAGAAAGUUUUAGAAGAGAUUAAAAAUGAGGAGAUUGGAUCUGGAGCAACUGAAGAGAUUGAAGAACAAGAAUCUGAUGAGGAUAGUGGCUUAAAAGAGAUUCCAGACAUGAUAGAACAAGAAGAUAACCAAGAAGUAAUGGAGCAGAAAGUUUUAGAAGACACUAAAAGUGGUGACAUUAGAUCUGAAGCAGUUGAAGAGAUUGAACAAGAACCUGAUGGGAACAGUGGCUCAGACACAAAGAGUAAGGACAGUGGCUUAGAAAAGCUUCCAGACAUAAUAGAACAAGAAGAUAACGAAGAAGUAAUGGAGCACAAAGUAUCAGAAGAGACUAAAAGUGAGGACAAUGGAUCUGGAGCAGUUAAAGAGAUUCAAGAACGAGAAUCUCAUGAGGACAGUGCCUUAAAAAAGCUUCCAGAGAUUAUAGAACAAGAAAAUAACCAAGAAGUAAUGGAGCAGAAAGUUUCAGAAGAGACUAAAAGUGAGGACAAUGGAUCUGGAGCAGUUAAAGAGAUUCAAGAACAAGAAUCUCAUGAGGACAGUGGCUUAAAAGAGCUUCAAGACAUUAUAGGACAAAAAGACAACCGAGAACGAAGGGAACAUAAGGUUUCAGAAGGGACUAAAAGUGAUGGCAUUGUAUUUGGAGCAGUUAAAGAGAUUGAAGAACAGGAGUCUGAUGAGGUAGGUGGAACAAGUAAAAGUAGAGUAAUGGAAAAGAAAAAGACUGAUGAUGAUGAUGGCUUGAGGAAGGCUCAAGGGAUUGAUGAAUCAUUGAGACGCAAUGAAGAAAGCAAGAUUCAAGAAAUGGUUGAAGAAGAAACAGUUGGUCAAGAGAAGGAUGACAACUUAGAAAAGAGUCAACAGACUGAUGAAGAAGAAAGAGUUGGUCAACGUGAGUUUGCUGAUUCAAACACAGAGAGUGGAGACAGCAGCAGCUUAAGAAAGCUUCCAGACAUUAACCAAGACGUGAUGGAGCAGAAAGAUUCACAAGCAGAGACUAAAAGUGAUGAUUUUGGAUCUAGAGCAUCUAAAGAGAUUGAAAAACAAGAACCUCAUGAGCAGCUAGAUGGAACAAGUAAAAGUAGAGCAACGUCUGAUGAUGAUGGCUCGAACAAGGUUCAAGGGAAUGAAGAACCAGAGAGAUGCAAUGAAGAAAGCAAUAUCCAAGAAAUGGUGAGAGGGGAUCCUAAAGAAGACGUUGAUGCGGAGAUGGGUGAAGGAUUCACACCAAACAUUGAGAGAACACCAGUAGUUGCAGAAACUGAGGCAAAAGCUGGGGAACUUGAAUCUAAAAAAACAGUAGCAGAAAAUGUAGAGAAGAAACAUGAUGAAUUGGUUGAGAAGAAAGAAGAGAAAGAUAGAAGAAGCUUCAUAAAGCUUCAGGAGAAUGAAGAACAACAUUCUUCUGUAACGAAUGAUGUUCCGAAACCAGUUCAGGAGACUGAAGCACCAGAGAUGGACACUUUAGUUAAAACAAAUGAUGAAGAAGAAGAGAAGAAGAAAAGUGUGGAGAUGGAGAAAAAAAACAUUGGGGAAGGAUUUGCACCAAACAUUGCAGAAACUGAGAAAAAACCUGAAGAUUUUGAAUCUGAAAAACAAGGAGCAGGUGAUGUAGACAAGAUACAUAAACUGGAAGAAAAGAAAAAAGAGGAAGAUGCUAAUGUGAGAGCAAAAGGUGAAGACAGAAGAAGCUUAGUAAAGCUUCAAGAGAAUAAAGAAGAACAUUCUAAGGGAAGAAAGCGACAAAAUAAACAAGAAAAUAUCAAAGGAUUGUUGGAAGAGAAAGCACCAGAGGCAGAUACAAAAAUAGUGAAUGAUAUUCCAAAACCAGUUAAAGAGAUUGAAGUACCAGAGGUGGGUACGUUAGGGGAAACAGGUGAUGAAGGAAAAGAGAAGAAAAAGAUUGUAGAAACUGAGACAAAACCUGAGGAUUUUGAAUCUGAUAAACUAGAAGCAGAAGAGGUAGACAAGAUAGAUGAAGUGGUUGAGCAGAAGAAAGAGGAGGAAGAUGCAAAAAAUGAUGAGGCUGGGCCACAAAGUAGCUCAAUAAAGCCUGAGGGAGUUGGAGAACAACUAUCUCAGGGACAAAAGCGACACGAAAAGACCAAAGAAUUGGUGGAAGAGAAAACUCCAGAGGCAGAGACAACUGUAGAGAAUGAUACUCCCAAACGAGUUCAGGAGGAAACAAAUGAUACAGACUCAAGAAAGCCACAAGAGAAUAUUAGACAACAGGAGUUGGAUGAAUGUGAAAGAUGCGAGAAAGAAAGCAAGAAACAAGAAUUGACGAAAAUCAACACAAAUGAUGAAGAGAAAGACACUGAAGAAACAAUAACAAUGGAGCAAGAUUCAUAUAGGCCAAAUGUAGUUGGAAAAGAAAAAGAGGUUCAAGAACUAGCUGAAGAGAAGCCGCAUUUUUCCAAAAAUAGAAAACUCAAGGAGGAAGAAAAAGUUCCAGAGAAGAAAACAGAACUUGGUGAUGAUGAUGAUGAUGAUGAUGAUGAUGAUGAUGAUGAUGAUGAUAUCUCAAGAAAAGGUGGAGAUUCAGAAGAAAAAGAAGAGGUUGAUUCUGAAAUGGGCAAAGGAUUUGCACCAAACAUUGCAGAAACUGUGAAAAAACCUGAGGAUUUUGAGUUUGAGAAACUAGGAGCAGAUGAGGUUGAGAAGAUACAAAAAUUGGUGGAGAACAAAGAAGAGGAAGAUGAUAAUGUGAGAGCAAAAGAUGAAGACAGAAGAAGCUUGAUAAAGAUGCAAGAGGAUGAAGAACCACAUUCUAAGGCAAGAAAGCGACAAGACAUACAAGAAAAUAUCAAACAGUUGGUGGAAGAGAAAGCUCCAGAGGCAGAGACAGAUAUAUCAAAUGAUACUUUGAAACCAGUUCAAGAGAUUAAAGAAGAGGUGAGUACGUUAGGAGAAGCAGGUGAUGAAAUAAAAGAAGGAAAGGAGAAGAAGAAAAGUGAAAGUGAAAGUUUGGAGGUAACAAAUAGGGAUGCCAAAAAAGAGACUGAUGUGAAAAUGGGAGUACCAAACAUUGCAGAAACUGAGACAAAACCUGAGGAGUUUGAAUCUGAUCAACUAAAAGCAGACAAGAUACAUGAACCGGUUGAGAAGAAGAAAGAGGAGGAAAAAAGUGAAGGCAUUAUUAGCUUAAUAAAGACUGAUGAAGUUGAAGAACAGCAGUCUCAGGGACAAAAGCAAGAGGGUGAACACGAAAUGAUUGAGGAAUUGGUGGAAGAGAAAACUCCAGAAGCAGAAACAAAUAUAUCAAAUGAUACUUUGAAACCAGUUGAGGAGAGAGGUGAGGGAAAACAAAAGAUCCCAAAACUUUUCCAAGAGGAGGAAACAAAGAAGCAGCCAGAAGAGCACAAAGAGAAAAGGGUGGAGACGGGGGGAAAGAUUGAUGAUGCUGUCUCAAGAGAAGUUGAAGAGAUUAUAAGACAACAAGACCUGGAUAGAUGCGAGAAAGAAAGCAAGACCCAAGAAGUGGUGAAAAGCAAAACAAAUGAUGAAGAGAAAGGAGCUGGAGAAACAGAAAUAAAGGAGCAAGAGUCCUAUGGACCCAAAAUACUUUGGGAUGAAGAAAUUGCAGAGAAGAAAACGGAGUUUGAUGAUCACCAAAGUUCAAGAAGAGAUUCAGAUUCCAAAGAAGAGGUUGAUGUGGAAAUAGGCAAAAGAUUCAAACAAAACAUUGCAGAGACUGAGACAAAAGCUGAGGAGUUUGAAUCUCAUAAACCGGAACCAGAUGAGGUAAAUGAGAAUGAUGAUAUACAUGAAGUGGCUGAGAAGAAAGAAGAGGACAAUGAUAAGGUGAGAAGACAAGACGAAGACGAAGACAGGAGCUUACUAAAGCUUCAAGAGAAUGAAAAACAACAUUCAAAGAGACAAAACCGACAAGAGACAAAUAUUCCAACACCAGUUCAGGAAACAGGUAAUGAAGGAAAAGAGAAGAAGAAAAGUGUUACAAUGGAAAUAAAAAAUGGGUAUCCCAAAGAAGAGGUUGAUGCGGAAAUGGGCAAAGGAUUCACACCAAACGCUGCAGAAACUGAAACAAAACCUGAGGAGUUUGAAUCUGAUGAGGUAGAUGAAGUGGUUGCAAAGAAAGAAGAAGAGGACAAUGCUAAGAUGAGGAGAAGACAAAUUGAAGGCAGUAACUUAAAUAAAAAGUUUCAAGAGACUAAAGAACAACAACAACAGGAGAAGAUCAAAGAGUUAGUGGAAGAGAAAACUCCAGCGGCAGCAGAGACAAAUGUAGCGAUUCAUAUUCCGAAACCAACUCAAGAGAUUGAAGAACCAGAGGUUGGUACAUGUGAGGAGGAAACAAAGGAUCAAGAAUUGUAUAGACCAAAAGUAUUUGGCGAUGAUGAUGAUCAUCAUGUAUCAAGAAAAGUUGGAGAUAGUGGACAAAGAGAUUCAGGUGCCAAAGAAGAGGUUGAUCCUGAAAUGGGCACACCAAACAUUUCAGAAACUGAGACAAAAGCAGUUGAGGAAGAUGACAUGAUACAUGAACUAGUUGAGAAGAAGAAGAAGAAGAAGAAGGUGAGAAGACAAAGUGAAGACAGUAGGCUCCAAGAAGAAAAGAUCAAAGAAUUGUUGGAAGAGGCAGAGACUGAAAAACCAAAGGUGGAGGAGAGGUUAGAGACAUGUGAGGAAAAUAUAUUUUCAGAGGCAGAAACAAAGGAUCAAGAGUCUUACAGACCCAAAAUACUCCAAUGUGAAGACAAAAUCCAAGAACUAGCUGAAGAGAAGAUGGACUUUUCAAGAAAAGUCGAGGAGGAAGAAGAAACUGCAGAGAAGAAAACAGAACAAGACAUUGAUGCAAUGAAAAGAAAAGAAGAGACUCAAGAACAAGUAAUGGAAGAAAAAGUAAGUGAUAGUGGCAAUAAAACCGUUGCAGAGGCAAUGCAUGAAGAAGAUGAACCUGGAAACCAAUUCCAGGAACUUAUAGAAGGAGAAAAAACAAGUUGUCAAGGAGAAGUUAAAGGUGUAGAGAGCGAGAAGAAUACAAGAGAGGUAGACAAAAGAUUUAGAGAAGCUCAAGAGGUUGAAAGAACAGACUCAGAUGAUGUAUCUGGAAUAUAUGGUAAAGGAGAACUCCAGGAAGAAGAUGAUAGACUUCAAAGAGGGACAAGUAAGAUAGAACAAGAAUUGGUUAAUCUGAACAGUCAAAUGGAGCAAGAACUUGAGGAUGAGAACAUCAAUAGUAGUUGCAAAGAUGAAGAAUCAGAGAUCAAAACUGAUGAUGUCAUAAGAAAGGUUCAAGGUGUUAAAGAAUAUGAGUUGUCUGAACCAAAAAGGAACCAUGGUAGCAAGAUUAAAGAAAUGAUACAAGAGAAAAUAGGAGAGGUAGAGAAAGAAGAUGAAGUACAGGAGUCACAUGAACCUAAUAUACGCAAGGAACGACGCUGUAAGACAAAAAUAACUGGGACAGAGGAGCCAAGUGGUCAAGCAAGAGAGGAAGAGGAGAAGGAGAAAUUUGUAGAGUCUAGGACAAUAACAGAGAUUAAGGACCAACGACCUGACAAGCCAGAGAGUCAUGAGAAACGAUACAAGAUUCAAGAAAUGGUGGAAGCUGGACAUAAUGAAGAGCAAAAGGAUACUGUCAAGGCAAAGCAGACCUCAAAAGGGGUUCAGGAGAUAGAACAGCAGGAAUCUGAUGGAUUAAGUAGUUCUGUAGUACAAGAAGACAAGAAGCAAGAAACAGCGGAGAAGAGGACAAAAACUGAAGAUGCUAGCUUGAGAAAAGUCCAAGAUGAUGAAGAUCCAGAAAUGAGUAAGUCUUAUAAGAAGAUACAGGAACCAGUGGAAAUGGGAACAAGUGAAUAUAAAGAAGAAGUCAAGAAACAAGAUGGGGAUGAUACUUUAAGAAUCCAAGAGCCUCCUGACAAACCAAAUUUAGAUGAACUUGAGAGACACAGUGAGCAAGGAGACAAGAUUCAUGAACCAGUAGAAAUGAGAACACAUGAUGAUUACAGAGAGAAAUUCAAGAAACAAGAUGGUGAUGUGGACGAAGAAAAAGUGGAAGAUGACAGUUCGGACAAGUUUCAUGAGUUUGAAGAACAAAAAUCACAUGAACCUGAGAGGCAGGAGAAGAGAAAACAUUUCAGUAAAGAGGAAGCAACUGAUCCUAAAGAAUCAGAGGAACAUGAGAAACCUAAAGUAGUGGAAGAGAAAGAGACUCUGGAGAGGAAGAAGACAAGAAGUAGAGAUGUUCAGGAUGAUGCAGAGCCAGAAUUGCUUAAACCUUACAAGCCACAAGAAGAAGACAAGAAGAAGGUCCAUAAAUUAGUGGAGAAGGGAACAAGUGAUUACAGAGAAAAAGUUAAGAAACAAGAUGGUAAUGAUACUUCAAUAAGCAAAAAGCAAAGAAGUACUCCUCAAUAUGUGGAUGAAGAAAAAUUGGAGAGCAUUGCUGAUCCAGGAGAAAAAAUGGAAGAUGAUAAUUCAAGAAAGUUUCAUGAGCUUGAAGAACCAAAAACAGAUGAUGGUUGGACACGAGUGGAGCAAGAAAAGAUGAAAGAUUUAGUAAAAGAGGAAGCAACUGGUCCCAAAGAUAAAUGCACUGCUGAAGCAGGCUAUAGUGACCACAAAGAAGAACAACAUGAAGAUACUGCCAAGACAGAACUGAAAGCUGAGGAAGAUACCUCAGAAAAGGUUCAAGAGAUCGAAAAGCAUAAGUCUGAUGAAUUACAGAGAUCUUUGGGACAAGACAAGAUGCAAGAAAUAGAGGAAAAGGAAAAAACUAAAGCAAUGGAGGAGAAUGAGACUGUGGAGAGAAGGAAAAUAACUGAAGUUGAAGACAAGACCCAGGAACUAGUGGAAAUGGAUACAAAUGAUUACAGAGAAAAGGGAAAGACACAAGAUGGAGAUGAUAUCUUAAGAAGCCAAGAAACUGAGAAACUGUUUAUAGUUGAAGAAGAAGCAACUGGCCCCAGAGAUAAACACACAGGAGGGAAAGAAGAAGAAAGAGAUGAGGAAGUUGCACAGACUGAGACAAAAGUUGAGGACGAGACCAACAAAGAGGUAGAAGAGAACCAAAAAGAAGAAGAAGAAGAAGAUGAAGGUUCCUUAGAUGAUCCUAUGAUAAAUAUUCAAGAAAUUGAAAAAGAAGACUCACAUGACACAGAGAUUCAAGAGAAGCUAGACAUAGUCCGGGAGGACUUUGUGGAAGAGGAAACAGUGGAUCAAGAAGAUGAAGUGGCAAUGGAAGCUGUAGAGGCAAAUUAUGAUGAAGAUAGUUCAAGAAUUUUGCAAACUAUAAAAGAACAUGAAGAACACAAGGAACAAAGAAAUGGUCCUGGAGUGGAAGGAGAAGAUGAAGAAAGAAUUGUCGAGAAAGAAGCAUAUGAGGAAGCACUUGAUCUCAAACACACCGGUGGAGAAAGAUACAAUGACCAUAAAGAAGAAAAAAAGUUUAUUCCCAAGGCAGAAGUGAAAGCUGAGGAAAAUAGCUCAGAAGAGGAGUUUGAUGAGUUGCAGAGAUCUUUGGUACAGGACAAGAUGCAAGAAACAGAAGAAAAAGGAAAGCCUAGAUCAACGGAGGAGAAUGAGACUGUGGAGGGAAGGACAAAAACUGAAGAUGAUGGUAGCUUGAGGAAGGUUCAAGAAGGGGAAGAUCCAGAGUUGAGUAAACAUAAGAGACAUGAGGAAGAACUCAAGAAAGAAGAUGAGGAGAGAAAGAUUCAUCAAUCAGUGGAAGAUGUAAAAGGAGAAGACAAAACAUUGGAUCAAGAAGAUGAUAGGGUAGGGGAAGCUGAAGCUGUAGUGGCAAACAAUGAGAAAGAUAGUUCAAGAAAAUUGCACACCACCACUGGAGGAGAAGAACUAAAACAACAAGAAGAGAUCCCUGAUCCUAGAGUGAAAGAAGGAGACGGCGAAAGAGUUGCCGAGAAAGAGACAAAAAUGGAAAAGGUUCAUGUCCAAGAACCUGAAGUAAAAACAGAGAAUGGAGAAUCAAGGAGAGGACAAAAAGGCAAACAAGAGAAGAAUGAUGAGACAAGAAGUGACGAUGGUAUUGUGAGAAAGGUUGGAGAGACUAAAGUGCAAGAAUCAGAUGAAAAGAAAGAUCAAGAACCGGAAGAAAAGAUUGAAGAACCAGAGAGGAAAGAAAUGAGUAAUGAUGGAGUUAAGCUGGUGACUGAAGAGGAUAGCCUUACAAAAGGCCAAGAGUUCAUAGAAAAGGAGUCAUCAAAGAGAAGACCAGUGGGACAAGAAAACAUCCAACAACUUAAGGAUGCAGAAAAACAAGAAGAUGAGGGAAAAUCAGAUGCAGGAGUGGAGAUGCAAGCUAAGAUUGUCAUCAGAAGGAAGGACCAAGAAACUAAAAGACAAAAAGCAUAUGAGCUUCUGGAAAAUGAAGAACAUGACAAGAUUCCAGAACCUGUUGUUGAAGGAACAAAGAAUCAAAGAGUGGAGGAUAGAGAAGCUGAAGAGAUGAAGAGAAAGUCUGAGGAUGUUAGUUCAAGAAAGGUUCAGAAGAUUAAAGAAGAAGAAACAGAUGGAUUAGAGAAACACAGGGAACUAAGUGGGUUCCAAGAAAAUGAAUCAGUUGAUGAAGAAGAAGUGAAUGAAGCAGGAGGAUAUAAGGAGGUUCUGGAGACAAAGUCUAUGGAAGAUUCAAGCCAGACUCAAGAUGUUGAAGAAAAGGGACCAGAUCAUACAGAACAAGAAAACAUCCAAGAGAUAAUGGCCGAGGAGGAAGAAGAGAAGAACGAGAAGGAGAAGAAAAUGCCGCAUGUGGAUUCAAAAGCUAACUAUGAUAGCUCAGAGAAGAAUGAGACCGAGAGAUUGAGAGGUAAAAAGCAAAAGGAAGAUCAUCAAGAAGUGGUGGAAACAGAAACAAGUGAUCAGAUGAAAGAAGAAAGGGAAGAGAAGAUUGUUGGUAAAGCAGUGACCAGAGAUGAAUGUGAUAGCUCAAGGAAGAAUCAGGACCAUGAAGAAAUACAGUCAGAUAAAAUAGAAGAGAUGAGUGGAUUACUUGGGAAAGAAGAAACAAGCAAUGAUAAAGAAGAAAACAGAGGAAACAGAGCAGGUGCAAAGACAACAAUCAAGGAUGACAAGAAGCAGUUGCUUGUGGAAAUUGACACAAGUGGUAAAGCAAAAGAGAAUACGAAUCAAGAGACUAAGAGUAGAGAUGACAGCUCAAGAGAAAAUGAAAAACAAGACUCUCAUGAACAAAAGAGAAACUAUGAGGAACAAGACAAGAAGAACAUGGGACCAAACUAUUACAGAAGUGAAGAGGAUGGUAAGGAAGAGAAAGAAACUGCAGAAGCAGAGGGCACAAGAAAGAAGAAGGGGAUUGAAGAACGAGAAUCAGCUAAAAUGGUGGAAAGACAUGAGAACAUAACUGAUUUGGUGGAAGAGAAAAUGAACAAUCAAGAAGGAGAAGACAAGAAGAGUAUGUCUAUGGAGGUCUUGGAAAAAUCUGAAGACCAUGAAUCAACAGAACCUGAAGGGCUGAGGAAACAAGACAAGGAUAGGGAACAAGUGCAACAAAGAUCAACAGAUAACCUUAAAUAUGAAGAAACCACAGAGACAGUCAAGGAUAAGGAAUCAAGAAAGACUCAUCAGCUCAAAGAAGAGAGACUUAAGGAAAAAGAGAACAGGGAAACUGAAUGUGAAGAUGGUAGCUCAAAAAGGAUUCAAGAGAUAGACAAAGAUGGAUCAACAGAACCAAGAAGAGUUGAGGAAAGAGACAAGAUCCAACCAGUGGAUAGAGAAACAAGUGAAGAUGAAGAAGAAGAAGAGUUAGAAGUUGAAGUUGAAGACUCAGAAGAAGAUUGGGAAGCUGAAGUGAUUCAAGAGAUGGAUUCAGAUGAAGAUAAUGACAAACUUAGAAAAAUAAGAAGAAUCAAACUAGGAUUUAGGUUAGUUGGAGGAUCAACAUUGUUUAUGUCACUAAUAGUCAUAGUUUUUCGUUUGAUUCGUUCCAAGAGAAAAAUAAGAAGCUACAAGUUCUAACUUCUAACCAAAGAACAAUAUCAUCUUUUUAUUAUUCGAGUUUUUUACUUGAUAUGAAAUCAAGAUCCACACAACUCUUAUUACAGUGAGACAGUACAGCUUCCUUCAGCUUACAACUUUAAGCAUAUUUAGAGAACCAGCUUACAGAACACAAGAGGAACCAUGAUAUGCAGAGCAUUUUGUGAGCAUCAAGAAAUCCAUAUCAAAUGCAGUGUUUUAGAUGAUUUGUUCCUUAGGCUUCUGAUGGGCUCAAUAUAAGGAACUCUCAUUUAUCGGCCCAUUAUAUUGAGAACCAUUUAAUUUCAUUUUUAAUCUGAAUUAUCGGCCCAUUAUAUUGAGAACCAUUUAAUUUCAUUUUUAAUCUUUCAGUCUUCUAAUCAUUUUUAUUCUCUGUCCCAAUUUUAUUUUUGUGAUUUUUUUCUUAUUUGAUCGUAUUCGAAGAAUAUGCUUAAGAAAAAGGUAUAUAUAUUUUCUUUUCGUCAUAGUGGAAGACAAAACGAGACAUUUUUUUCUUUUGACAUCACAAACGAGACAAUUUAUAAAAGGUAAAUUAUUCGAAGAGUAUACGAUACUAUAAUAUGAAGCCUUAAAAUGGAAUUCAUGUUCCUAUAUUUUUGGUUAUAAUUUAUAAAAGGUAAAUUACAUUUGAAUGAAACGUUUCCUCAAUUAUAAUACUGAAUUCACACACAAAGAAAAGGGUUUCCACGGCUACUAUUUCUUUUUCACGGCUACUAAAUUAAUAUUGGCAGAUCCUAAAGUAUUUCUCAGCUUAAAGCAAAAUAUUAACAUAUCAUUUCAAUGGUAGCGUAAAGACAUGGCCGGUCUAAAUAUCAACAUAUCAUUUUAAUGGCAGAUUUUAUUGAACUUUUUACUAAAUCGUUUUUAGCCUCCAAUAUUUCAGGGUCGGUCAUGUUUAGAAUAAUUUCAAAACUUUAGCAAUGUCAUUGGUUGUAUAUUAGUGUAUAUGUACGUAGGCCAGUACGUAUGCAUGCAUGUUCUCUGCGUGAUAUGUUGGGUAAUAUGUAUACUAUUAUAUUAGUCCUAUAAAAUUAAUAAAAUUAUUAAUUAACCAGCGACUACGCUAAUUAUUUUGAGGAUGAAGCGAGUGGUGGUGUAUGUACAAGUGUGGUGAUGCGUGAGUGAUGAUGGUGAAGGAUGGUGCUCUUCGUGUGGAAACCACACUCUUCUUCUUUCUUUAUUAUCAAUCUAUUUCCAUUAUUUAUAUCACUAUAAUUUUCUUUCCAGUGCUUUCCAAUCCACCAAUCCAAUUAUUUUUCAUUAUAUUUUACAUUUAACGAAACCCUGCUUACAUAUAAUCUAUUUGUUUUUUUGAAAGAAAUAUUAUAUCUACUUGUUAAUAGACUUUUUCACUUUCAAACGGAUAUAAUUGCGGUCUUCAGAGGAUCUAAUAACAUGUUGCGUGAAUACACAUCUGAUUCGCACUUGAUUAUUAAAUAGUUGGAUUCUACUAUUUAAUAUGAGAUUUAGUUAGGGGCAGGGUGGUGGUGUUAUUCUUAUAGAAUUUCCUUUAUAUGUUUAUUUACUACUAUCUAUUUUAUAUACAUAUUGAUCCAAAUUUUUAUUAACUUAUAUUUAUCUAAACCAUAAAAUGUGUAUUACCUACUAUUAAGUAUUCAUCAUUUUGUACAUAUAUGGUUGAAAUAAACAGAAACAU